CCCGAUCCUCCUCCCUCGGAGCCUUCUGCGCCCACACCAUCUCCUUCUAUCACUGUCACCUCACCUCGACAGUUCACCCACUUCAUCCGACAGGUUGACGUCACCUUCUUUAUGGUGAACGUGACGGAUCUCUUACACUACGAUCCACCCUGUCCCGACGCCGAGCUCAUCCCUCUGGAGCCAGAUCCUCCUUCUAUCUUCAUGGCUCUCAUCUCUACUUCCCACCCUCCGCAGUCCGUCGCGUCCACCCCGCUGUCGCGCGCCGACGCUGACGUUGAGGAACUCGCACGCUAUACGGACGGCUUGGAGCCUACAGUUCGUGACCUCAUUCGAGAGUACCACGACGUGUUCCCAUCGUCGUUCUCUUACGCUGGCAUCCCACCGAUGCACGACGUCGAGCACUCCAUCCAGCUUGUGCCUCACUAUCGCGUUCACCAACAGGCACCCUAUAGACUCUCGAUCCCCGAGGCCACCGAACUCGAGCGUCAGCUUGAGGAGCUCUUGAGACUGGGUUUCAUUAAACCCAGCAACUCCCCGUGGGGUGCACCCGUCCUCUUUGCUCGCAAAGUGGAUGGAACUCUUCGUCUCUGCAUCGACUACCGAAGUCUCAACCGCUACACGGUUAAGAACAGCUACCCCAUGCCUCGUUCCGAUGAGUUGUUCGACGGCCUAGCAGGCAACCGCUUCUUUACGAAGAUUGAUCUUCGUAGCGGUUACCAUCAGAUCCGUGUCGCUGCAGCCGACCAGCCGAAGACCGGGUUCCGAUCGCGUUUCGGCCACUAUGAGUUUACGGUGAUGUCAUUCGGCCUCACCAUCGCACCCGCUACCUUCCAGAGGGCAAUGAACGACAUCUUCAUGGACAUCCUGGAGCAGUAUGUUCUGGUCUACCUCGACGAUAUCCUGGUCUACAGUUGUACCCUUGAAGAGCACAUCAGACACCUCCGCGUCGUCCUUGACCGCUUGCACAAACAUCGCUUCUACGCCAAGUUGAGCAAGUGUUGCUUUGCCCAGCACAAAGUGGAUUUCUUAGGACACUAUGUGUCUGACCAGGGUCUCCACAUGGACUACGCGAAGAUCACUGCUAUUGGGGAGUGGCCAACUCCCACAUCCGCCAAGCAGCUUCGCAACUUUCUAGGCCUAACCAGCUACUAUAGUAAUUUCAUCCAGGGAUACGCUAGGUAUUCCUACGUCCUUACCUCCACCCUCCUCCGGAAGAACCCACCCUGGGCUUGGACACCCCUCCACGAGGACGCCUUCCGCGCCCUCAAGAAGGAGGUGACAUGUGCACCGGUUCUUCACCUACCCGAUUUUGGUCUCCCUUUUAUCCUUACCACCGAUGCGUCAGACUUUGUUGUUGGAGCAGUGCUUUCUCAGGUCUUCCCCUCCUCUCCUGAUUCCUCUCACCCUCGUAUCCCUCGCUUCCCACCACCUACCCCUACCACUGCUUCCCGACUGAUGCCUACUCGUCCAGCUACUGACGAGCCUUCUAUUGACUAUUCUCCUAUCAUCGCCGAAGACGGCACUGUCGAGUCUCGCUCAGGUGAUUGUCCGAUAGCCUUAUACUCCCGUCAGCUCCUGCUCGCCGAGAUAAACUACACCGCUGAUGAACGUGAGCUCCGCUUCUCCUCGUCUUACCAUCCUCAGACUGAUGGUCAGAUGGAGAUCACGAACAGGACUCUCGGAGAUAUUCUCCGAAAGAUCAUUCGUGACGACCAGCAGUGGGAUCUCCAUCUUGCCCACGCGGAGAUAGCCUACAACCAUGCCGUCUCGCCAGCCACGGGGAUGUCGCCUUACUAUUGCGACCUCGGCUAUCACCCUCAUGUUCCUGCGGACUUCCUUCGAACGUCACAGAUGCACCCCGAAACGAAUUGUCCCGCGCUGGAUGAUUGGGUUGCACACAUGACGUCGAUCAUGAGGACCGCACAUGAGCACAUAGCCGCCUCCCAGACUCGCAUGGCAGCACGUGUGAACCGAUCGAGGAUGAAUCAUCCAUUCAAAGUUGGUGAUGAUGUGCUUAUCGACGCCCGCCACUUACAGCUUGAAGCGGACACGCUUCGCAAGUUUCGGCGUCGCUUCUUUGGCCCAUGCCGCAUUCUCCAGGCCGUCAGUUCUGAUACGGCAUCUAGCCCGGUCAGCUUCCGUGUGAAGCUGCCCGACUACCUACGACAGGCUCGUGUGCACGAUGUGUACCACGUCUCGUUACUGCGUCCUUACCGCAGACCGUCUGAGCGUUUCGUCGGACGACCAUACGAGCGCCGUCCACCCAUCAUGGUGGACGGCCACGAGGACUUCCUCGUUUCAGACAUCAUUGGUCGCUGAGUCACCGACGACAACCCUCCCCAUGUCGAGUAUCUCACUUGUUGUUGCUUGUUGCUUUCAGACUGAGGCUACUGCGCAGCUUGUGCACAAUCAAUUGUUUUUCAAAUC